AUGUUGAACCUUGUUGCCAGAUCUUCAGUACGUGUGAAUCUACAUGCCAUUGCUAACUCGCAGAAACUCGCUGUUCGUCAGAACGUGAGAAAUCUUUCCGUUUCGGCCGUGAGAAACAACCUCGUGGCCGAUCUCUAUCUCAAGGAAUUGAAGGCUUUCAAGCCAACCCCACUGUCUGCUGCCGACGCUGAGGCCGCCACCAAGGCAUGGAAACUUCCACAGGCUGCUAAGGUCCCUGCUUUGGAGGCUGAGGGUGCCGACGCCCUGGCUGAAUACGACUCUUCCAAGGUUGAAGUGGCCGAGAACGCUGGUGCCGCUACCACCGAGGAGUACAACCCAGACGACUGGUUUGUGUUUGAGGAGGAAGAGGAGCCAGGCCACCACCAUUAA